AUGCGUCUAUUCUCUCUGACUUGGGCGUUUGCCCUCGCCACCCUCGCGAUCGCCGCACCCUCCAUAACCCGGCGCUCCAACCUGGUCGUGCAUGAGAAGCGCGCCCAGGAGCCCCGCGACUGGGUGCUCACACGUCGACUCGAACCGAGCGCGGUGCUGCCUAUGCGCUUCGGGCUCACACAGAGCAACUUGCAUAAGGUCGAGGAGAUGCUCAUGUCCGUCUCGCACCCGUCUUCUCCCACAUAUGGACAGCACUUCACCGCGAAGGAGAUCGUCGACACCUUCGCGCCGAGCACCGAUACAAUCGAACGCGUCGUCGAGUGGCUCACCGACUCUGGGAUCGACAGGUCACGCUUGAAGCUGAGCAAGUCCAAAGGCUGGAUCGAGGUAGACGCAACGGUCGAAGAGGCGGAGACGCUUAUUAACGCCGAGUACCAUGUGUACACGCACCCCGAGACUGGAGCGCAGCAGAUCGGCUGCCACUCAUACUCGGUGCCUGAGGACAUUCGGGAGCAUAUCGACUUGAUCAAGCCCACGGUGCACUUCCUUCAUCGCGUGCCGACCCCUAACCAGCUUCGGAAGCGUUCCUUCGAGCGGCCUUCAACUCACAUCAAACAGGGUCCGAAGCUGAAGGCUGACACUUCGCCUCUUGCUACCGUACCUCAGGACCUAUCGACCUGCGACGAAGAGAUUACUCUCGAUUGCUUAAGGGCGUUGUAUUCGAUCGAUUAUACGCCUGUCUCUACGGACACGAACACCUUCGGCAUUCUUGAGUUCACUCCCCAGGCGUUUUUGCAGAGCGACCUGGACAUGUUUUUCGCGAACUUUUCUCCCUCCCAAGUCGGCACGGCGCCGAUCCUCAUUUCGAUCGACGGAGGCGUUGACCAGACGGACGACACCGGAUUUGACUUCAAUGGGGAGAGCGACCUCGACCUUCAAUACGCGUUCGGUCUUACCAACCCUCAGCCCAUUCUACUACUACAGACUGGAGACCUGGUUGAGGGCGCCUCAUUCGACAACUGGCUCGACGCUGUUGAUGCAUCCUUCUGUACUUUUGAAGGCGGCGACGAUCCCACUCAGGAUGGUAUUUACCCAGACCCACUUCCCGGAGGGUUUAACGGGCCUGCAUCCUGCGGUAUAUUGACCCCGCCAUUCGUCACGUCGACAUCCUAUGGCCAGGACGAGGCAUCCGUCACUGCUGCGUACGCGCAGCGCCAGUGCACCGAGUAUGCCAAGCUCGGCAUGCUGGGCACGACUGUGCUUUACAGUUCCGGGGACGAUGGUGUUGCAGGUGGUGGGGGCGUGUGCCUGGAUGGAAAUGGCCAACCUGCGCGCCGUGGGGGUGUUCAGUUCAACCCCGACUUCCCAGUCACUUGUCCGUUCGUGACUGGUGUUGGGGCGACGCAGAUCAACCCCGGAUCGACUGUCAACGAUCCAGAGGGCGCGUGCGAGCAGGUCAUCUUCAGCGGAGGAGGCUUCAGUAACUUCUUCGAAAUGCCGGACUAUCAGGCUACUGCGGUGACGAGCUUUUUGACCAACCACCCGCCGCCGUUCACCGGGGAGCAGUUCAACAACUCGGGCGUGGCUCGGGGUUUCCCUGAUCUCUCUGCGAACGGGUUAGUCCAUGUCCUUCCGGUUGCUGGUGAAUUCGAGCUUGUCUUCGGGACUUCGUGCUCCUCGCCCGUCGUCGGCUCUAUGAUCACGCUCAUCAACGAUGCUCGCAUCGCUGCCGGGAAAGGACCCGUUGGAUUCAUCAACCCAGCGAUCUACACCGAUGAGUUCCAGGCUGCUUUCAACGACAUCACGACCGGUGGAAACCAGGGUUGCGGCACGCCCGGCUUCACCGCCACCGAGGGAUGGGACCCGGUCACCGGAGUGGGCACUCCGAACCUCAGCAAGCUCAUGCCUCUGUUCCUCGCGCUCCCAUGA